AUGUCCGACAGCAGUUCCCGCUCUCCCUCUCCAGCACCACCGGCCCAGGAGACCCAGGUUGAGACCCAGGCUGAGGUUCAGGGUCCGGCUGGUCACGUUGAAGCACAUGGACGCCGCCGUCGCACGCGAGCCCAACCACCUCAGCCUGAGGAGGCACCACAGGGACAGGUACCCAACAACGAGGCAGAAUCUCCGUCCGGCUCAUCAGCGUCUGUCGAAGACCAGGAGGAGGUUGUGGUCGACAGUCCGGCCGUGCAAGAGGCUUCUGUUCGCCGGCACCGUCGGCGAGCCCAGGCCCAGCCUCAAGUCGAAGAGCCCCCCUCCCCGCCCCAGCAAGAGCAACAGUUUCAGCAGUUCCCUUUUGAGCAACAGCACGACCAGCGCGCUCUUCAGCCGUUCGGUGGUGGAGCUCCAACAGACAUGGUCGGCCAAGGUCAAGCGCGCGGUGACGUCACUGGACGGCAACAGCAGCAGCAACAGCAGGGUGAAGGAGGUGGACAGAAGGACGCACUGAAGUUGAGACUUGACCUCAACCUUGACGUCGACGUGCAAAUAAAAGCUCGCGUCCAUGGUGAUGUAACGCUUUCACUACUGUGA